GAUUCUGGGAGGUGGGGGCUGAGCAGCAGCGAUGGACGUGCAGCUGUCGCAGGUGCAAGCUGCGUUCGGCCAAUUCUGCAGCGUGCUCAAGGAGCUCAUACUCAACCAGCAGGUGGCUCACUCGGUGGUGCAAAGCUUGCAUGAUGACCUGCCGUGUCUGCAACCUGAACGCCCAGCCGGCUCACGGUCCCUAAGUGCCGUACCGUCGGCCCCAGAAGUCCGACCGCGGCCAGGCAGCCAACACGCGGGAUCAGCGGCAGCAGACGCACUUGCCUGCGUGGCGCCGCGCCUGACGCUGCGGGCGGCGGCUGCGGACUGCUGUGCACCAUCGCCAGUGCCCUCCAACCCUUCCGCCGCCUCUCCGGCGUCGGAGUGCCAGGACAAUUACGUGAUACUGCAAAAUGCUGCCUCCAAGUCGCAGCGGCUGCUGGCGCAGAUGCAGCGGCUGCAUCGCCAAGCCAUUGCCGCACUGCAGGCGCCUAGUGAACUGGCAGCUGCAGGCGCUGCGGACGCAGCGACGGGCGGCGGCGCGCAUCAGGCGGCCCCUAAGCUGCGCGCCAUUGUUGGGAUUGAUGGCGGCGCGGACCCAGUUGCCAGCAGCGGUGCCGGAUGGGAGUGGCUGGAUGGCGAGCCCAGCCCCGGUGUGUACGACGUGGAUGUGGAGUUGGACCUCCCAGCCGCGACGGAGCAGCUAGCCAUUACAGAAGGUGAGCUAGCUGCGGCGCACGCCAAUAGCAGCCACUCUGGCGGCGGCGCCAGUGAAGCCCCACUGCCCAUGCCAGGCGGUGGCGACCCGGUGACGCCUGCCCCAGCGGCCAACCGCGAUGCAUCAGCGCUCACGCCUGCCACAGCAGCAGUUGCGAGCGUAGCGCCAGCGGCCAAGACAGCAAGGUCCCCCCUUGCACCAGCAGCAGGGGCAGGGACAGCAGGGGCGGCGCGUGAGGAAUCGGCAGCGGACAUGGUCAUCCUGAUGUGCGCGCUGUGCGGGUGCGCGACCAAGGAGUCGGAGAUGCUGGCCCGCAUCGCCACCUCCAUACAGCUGAGCACGACAGAGCAGGAGCUGUAUUCGUACGUGUAUAUGCUAAAGCUUCAGCCGUACAUGGAUGAGCGACUUGUGACGGCUGCAGACGCGGUGCUGGCGGCGCGGGGGGCAAGGACACCGCAAGCCAUGGCCGCUGCACGUUCUUGACCGUUUCGGUCAGGUGCGGCACAGCGACGGCGGCGGUUUCUCUGUGUUGAAGGAGGCGUGUUGGAGGGAAUGGAAGAAAAUCGGCGCGUGGCAGGUGACGCUGGAUGGACAUUUGGCGCCGUGUCGAGCGCCUGUCGCAGCCAUAGUGGCUGACUGAAACGAAGCACGGGGUCCGCAAGCGUCGUUUCGGUGGUUGCCCCAUGGUUCAAACCUGACAGCUAAUACUAAUGCUAAUGCCGCUCGUUGAUGUGUGGACGAAUUUUGAAUGUGUGUAUGUUCAACCUCACUUCGAGUUGUCCUCCGUGGUUGUCCUUGUUUGACAAGGGUUUUCCGGCUUGCGCGCGCUGAAUCACAUACCUGGCUAGCUCGGCAAGCACACCCUUAGUUCGCAUACUGUACGUUGCACGCUUAGGCUACGUCGCCGCUUUCUUGCGGUCAGGCAAUCAUACCUUGUCACCGCACCGGGCCCCGAUUCGGCGCACAUGUAUGCAGGACGUGCGCAUUUCCUGAAUAUGAAACACUCGAUUACAAACGCACAGGCUCUAUUGUAAUAUUAUACAAUC